ACCAGCCCUUCCUAUGCAGUCACCCUGAGGCCGAGAUCUGCUACAAGAGGUCGAUAUAUGCAAAAGUGCCAAUACACAGACACCUACACGCCAUGUCCAAGCCCCAGUUCGACCGCGCAGACGCAGGCGCCCUUCUCGAUGACCGUGGCUACAGCGGCGCCCUCAUCCGCGGCCAGAACCCCGCUCUGCUCUUCGAAAAGGGCGUGCGGGACCGAAUCACUGAGUCGUACUACUGGAAAGAGCAGUGCUUCGGCCUGAACGCUGCGACACUAUGCGAUCGCGCAGCGGAUCUGAAGUUUAUUGGUGGCACCACGGGCAUCAUGGGCAAGCCGACACCGUUUCUUUGCCUGGCGUUCAAGCUAUUGCAGCUCGUGCCGGAUAAGAGCAUCAUCUUGGAGUAUCUGAACUUCCGGGGGGAUGAAGAUGAAGAGGAGGAGGCGGGGCAGAAUGGCGAUGGCGAGGUCAAGAAGGAAGAGAAUGGGCAUGCGGGGAGCGAAGAGGGAGAUGCCGGGAAGAAGGAGCAAGAUCUCAAUGCAGCAGGCAAGCUGGGCGACUUCAAGUACCUGCGCUGUCUGGCUGCGUUCUAUAUCCGGCUUGCUUGGGAGCCUGUCGAAAUCUACAAGACCCUCGAGCCGCUCCUCACCGACUACCGCAAAAUCAAACGCCGACUCAAGGACGCCUUUACCCUGACGCACGUGGAUCAGUUCAUCGAUGACCUCCUUUCCAAAGACCGCAUCUGCGCGACGAGUCUGUGGAAACUGCCUUCGAGAGCAAAUCUUGAAGACCUGGACAUGCUGGACCCGAGAGAAAGUCCGUUGGAUGGCGAGGUGGAUGCGCUGGAUGAGGAAAUGGACAAGCAAAGAGUAGGAGCAGAAGUUACGAUAGCCGGAGUCGAAGCAGGAGUCGAAGCUACGACAGCAGAGACCGCCAAAGGAGCCGGAGUAACGACAGCAGAGACAAACAAGGGAGCCGGAGUCAUGGGCGACGCAGUCCGCAGAGUACAAGGAGCCGCAGUCGGAGUCGAAGUAGGAGUCGUCCGAUAG